UGGAAGGGUUAAGCCCACAGAGCUGGCGGCGCGGCCUAGAGAGGCGGGGCGGUGACCGUGGCGAAAGCCAACGCAGUGGCCAAGGUGGUGGCGGCGGGGGCCCGGGGCGCGGGGGCGCGGCGGGCGGCAGGGGCGGGGAACAGGAUGCGGAUGCCGGGGGGACUUCCUGUGCCGGCCCCCCCAGCGCCCCCGCGCCGGCCCAGCCGCUUCCCACACCGACGCACAGCGCCGGAGGGCGGGCAAGCGAUCCGGGACCUGGCCCGGCUGCCGCGCCCGCCCCUCCUGCCCCCUGAGCACCUGUGGCCCGAGAUCACUGAGGACCCUUGUCACCCGGUUCCCACUGAGCCGACCUAGGGCUCCAGCUUGGGCCCUGCUGCGCGCCAUGGCCACCCGAACCAACCAUGAUCCCAGCUCCGGAUUUGGAGACCUGUCCCUUCACCAACUUCUACCUGGAAACUCCACUUUGCACCUUGUCUUGGCCCAGGGCGACCUCAACAGUUCUGAGAGUGAAGAUCCCAUGAAGUGCCGGUAAAGUGUUCCCCCCGGGGGAGGUCAGAGCCUCCCUGGCUCAUUCUAGAUGGAGGCACCUCAGGAAGGAGCUGGCUGAACUGCCGUGGCCUUCACCUUGUAGCCACUGGUGACCACACCUCCCCUAGCGCAGAGGCUGCUGCCGGCGGGAAAUGCUGUUCCAGCCUGCUCCCCAGGACCCUGCUGGGAUCACCAGGAUGGAGCUCGGCCCCACAACAAUGACCUUUGUGUUGGAGCUUUGAUGCCUUGAGGAUGGGGGUCCAGGGCCUGACACCCUCUCAGGUGGCAGUGGUGGGAGUGAGAGCCAGGAGGAGGAAGAGGCUCAGUAGGGGAGCAGCAGCCCACAGCCGCCAGCACUGGAAGCCCCAGUAGGGGCCAGUAACAGCAUCGAGGAAGUGCAGUCCGAACGGGACUUGCAUCUGCAACAGUUAGAGCAGCAGUGAGAACUGGAACGACAGCUGCAGCACAAGGAGUUGCAAAAGCAGCAGCCUCUGCAUCAACUGUUAGGAUCUCAGCCAGAAUUGCAGCAGCAGCAGCAAGAUGGGCAGCAAGAACUACAGGAAAACUUCCAGAUCGAGCAUCAUCAGGAACCAAAACCACGGCUGCAGUUGGUACAGCUGGGACUUGGACAAGAGCAACAAUUGUUGCAGCAGCAGCAGCAGCAGAUGAUGCAGCCUCAAGGCCAAGAGCAACAGCUGUUACAACCGCAGCAGGAACAGUGUCAACAGCAGCAAGUUCAACAGCAGCGACUUGUGCAGCGGCAAGAGUUGCUGCUGCUGCAGCAAGUACAAGAACAACAACUUGAGCAGCAAGUGCAACAGCAACAGCUAUUGCAGCAACAACUGGAAGAACAGGCUUUGCUGCAGCAGCAACCAAUGCAAGAGCAACAACAGUCACAGCAACAGCUUCUCCAGCAGCAACUACUGCAAGAGCAGGGACAAUUGCUGCAGCAGCAGUUGCAGCAACUUGUGCAAGAACAAGCAUUGCAACAGCAAUUACAGCAAGUGCAAGGACAACAGCUGUUGCAGCAGCAUCAACAGGAGCAAUUAGAGCAGGAGCAGCUGUUCCAACAGCAGCUACUGUUGCAACAGCAGGGACAAUUGCAGCAGCAGGUACUGUUGCUGCAGCCACAGGGACAGCUACAGCAGCAGCUGUUGCUGCAGCAGCUGUUGCAGCAGCAGCAGACCCAGAUACAGUACCAACUAUUGCUUCAGCAAGAACAGUUGCAGCAGCAACAGUUGUUGCAACAUCAGCAGAAACAGCUACAGCACCUGCAGCAGCUGCAGGUUCCUCUACUGGAGCCAGAGGAGGGGGAAGAGGUAGAACAGGAGCUCCUGCCAGCGGACAUGGGGUCAGAGCAGGAGUGUCAGCGUCAGCGGCGAGAGUUGGAGAGGCAGCAGGAGCUGGAGAGGCUGCAGGAACAGCGGCAGCUUAAGCUAAAACUGCAAGAGCAAUUGCAUCAGCUGGAGCAGCACCUGGAGCAGCAGCAGCUGCUAGAGCAGCUGCAGCAGCAGCAGCUGGAACAACAGGAAGUGCACCUGGAGCUGACCCCGGUGGAGCUGUACACCCAGCAGCAAGAGCUGCAGCUAGAGCUGGUGCCUGCUCUGGGAGGUGGCGCAGCACCAGCUCCAGCCACCGUCGUGGUGGCCCCUCCAGGCUAUGUGGUGCUGCAAGAGCUCCUGGUGCUGCCCACUGUGGCCACACCCACAGUGGCCACACCCACGGCGGCCACACCCACGGUGGCCACACCCACGGUGGUAGCCAUUCAGGGCUCUACGGGGGAUGCGGCUCUGACACCCACAAAACAGCGGAGGAAGCGGCGAGGCAGGGACAGGCCGACCAUCUGUGGGGAGUGUGGCAGGGGUUUCAGCCGCAGCACGGACCUGGUGCGACACCAGGCCACGCACACUGGGGAGAGGCCGCAUCUCUGCAGCGAGUGCGGCAAGGGCUUCUCGCAGCACUCCAACCUGGUGACCCACCAGCGCAUCCACACGGGCGAGAAGCCCUAUGCCUGCACCUACUGCUCCAAGUGCUUCAGCGAGAGCUCGGCUCUCGUGCAACACCAGCGCACCCAUACGGGCGAGCGGCCCUACGCCUGCAGUGACUGCGGCAAGCGUUUCAGCGUCUCCUCCAACCUGCUGCGCCACCGCCGCACCCACUUGGGUGAGCGGCCGUAUGUGUGCGAGGACUGCGGGGAACGCUUCCAGCACAAGGUGCAGAUCCGCAAGCAUGAGCGCCAGCUUCAUGGGGCAGGGCGCUCCCGAGGUCUGGGCCUACUGCGGUCUUCCAGGCCAGUGCUCUUGCGAGCCUCCACAAGGGCCCAGAAAGCCUCUGUAUCAGGGAAGCCCUGAGUGGUAUGAGAGCCCUAGGUCAUGGUCUUAACUCCAAUUUGAGCUCUUUCUGGGUAUCUUGAAUUAUCCUUCAGAAAGGAAGACUUCCAUCCUUCCUGAGACCUGACCCCACAAUGCACCAAGUCCACAGAUUCUCUCUUCCCCCAAAACCAUGCACAAGAGAACAUUUCCAUGUGGGUGAGAGGGACUGCCAGAUUUUUCCUCCCAUCCUGGGAACAUAGGACUGAGAACUUGCCCGGUGGCAGAUAAUUUGUGAGGUUUGAUACGACCAAACACUAACCAGCAAAUGUAAUGUGCAAUGUGUGGGGGAGCUGGGAAAUGAAUGGAUCAUUCUGAAUACUUAAGGUGGAACUGAAAAGGGGGGCAGAUGGUGUAGCUCAGCUAGUAGAGUGCUUGCCCAGCUCAAAACCCUAGGUUCCAUCUUCAGCAUCAUAUAAAUAUAAAUGUGUGUUGGCACAUGUAAUCCCAGCACCUGGGAG